AUGUCGUCGUCGUCGUCGCUGCUGUCGCGUCGUCUGCCACCGCCGCGGACGCCCGAGCUGGAGCUGCCUGUGCCGCCGGAGUUCCGCUGCCCGAUAUCGCUUGAACUGAUGCGGGAUCCGGUCGUCGGCCCAACCGGCAUCACCUACGACCGCGCUGGCAUCGAGGCGUGGCUGCUCGCUGCCGGAGCUGGGACGACGACGACGUGUCCGGUCACGAAGGGCGACCUCCGCGCUGACGACCUUGUGCCUAACCAUGCGCUCCGCCGCGUCAUUCAGGCGUGGUGCGUCGCGAACCGGUGCCGAGGCGUGGAGAGGAUCCCCACGCCGCGGGUGCCCGUCACGCCGGCGCAGGCGGGUGAGGUGCUGGCCGGGGUCGAGGCAGCCGCGCGGGCGGGGGACGCGGCGAGGUGCGCCGCCGCGGUGCGCGAGGUUGGGCGGCUCGCGCGGGAGUCCGACCGGGACCGGCGGUGCCUCGCGUCCGCCGGCGCCGCGCGCGCGCUCGCCGCGGCGGUCGCGUCGUUCGCGGCGGCUGAGUCGUCGUUCGUGCUUGACGACGUCCUCGCGGCGCUGGUGCUCGUCAUGCCGCUCGACGAGGAGGCCAUCGUCGCCAUCGGCUCGUCGACCGCGUCCGUGGCGUUGCUCGCCUCCGUCGCCAGGCACGGCGACCUGAAGAGGAGGCUACAGGCGGUGGUCGUCAUCAGGGAGAUCGUCGCGUGCUUGUGCUCACGCAGCCGCGCCAUUGAUCUCAGCGAGAACCUCGACGUGAUCAUCGAGGUGUUGGUGAAGGCGAUCAGGGACCCCAUCUCUCCACAUGCCACCAAGGCCUCCCUCGUCGCGGCGUACCACCUCGCGCUCGCCGACGAGCACUCCGCGGCGCGCCUCGCGGAGGCCGGUCUCGUGCCGUCGCUUGUCGAGCUCCUCAUCGACGGCGACCGCAGCACGGCCGAGAAGGCGCUCGCCGCGCUCGACGCGACGCUGGCGUCCGCGGCCGGCAGGGCGCGCGCCCGCGCCGACGCGCUCGCCGUGCCGGUGCUCGUCAAGAAGAUGUUCCGCGUGUCCGACACGGCCACCGAGCUCGUUGUCUCCUCGCUCCACCGCAUCUGCAAGAAAUGCAGCGGCGACGUGGAGCUUCCGGCGAUGGCCGCGGCGAGGCGGGUCGCCGUGGUCGAGGCGGUCCAGGUGGGCGCGUUCCAGAAGGUGAUGAUGCUGCUGCAGGUUGGGUGCAGGGAGGCAACAAAGGAGAAGGCGACUGAGCUGCUCAAGUUGAUGAUCAAGUAUGAAUCCAGAGGAAACUGUAUUGAUGCCAUGGAUUUCAGAGGGCUCAAGAGGGUUUCUUGAGCAAAAACUAAAUUGUAAUUAUGAGAAUAUGUCUUAGAAUAGGUCCAUAUAUACACAUGGUACAUCAUGAAAGAAUUUUAGUUAGGAAAUGUACAGAUGUUAAGGAUGUUUUGUCUUUAUAAACAUUUUUGAUUUGCUUGAUAUUCUAUUGUGGUCUAAACAUAUAUUUACUAUA